AGGCAGUCCUCCUUCAGUCUGAGGGCGGAAACAGGGCUGUGAGCUGCGGGAAGCUGAAGUAAACGGAGAAACAGCCACAGAGAAGAAAAUGCGCUUCUGGCAUUAUCUGUUCGCUACCCUCUUAAGUGUGAUCUGGUGUUGGUCGGAGUCCGGGCAGUUCUCGUUUCAGGCAGGCAUUUGGCUUCUGUGUUUUCUGCUCAUCUUCACUGCUGCCUGUAACAGCAGUGAACGCGGCACUCAGACGGACGGCGCCGCGGAGGAGGCGUCGCCUCAGACAAGUGAAAAUGGUCAUAUGGUUGGCAGAGAUGAGACUGAUACAACUGCACUAGAGCAGACAACAUUGAACAGGUCACAGUACCCAGAUGUUCAGAGGUCACUUUACCAACUGUUUAGGUGUGCCUAUGCUCAGCUGGUCUUGCCCUGGUACGAGGUCCCAGAACUUGGAGACAGUCAGCCUUUAUAUGCAGCUCUCCUCAGGGAAUUUAACCUCAUCGUGGACCAGAUCAUUUGUAAGGCCAAGGACUUUGACCUCUCGGUCACUAGUGUGGGCUGCAUUGCCAUCUUCACUCAGCACCUCCACUGCGCAAAGCAGUCAGACAGGUCCCCACUGUUCAUCAGUAAAGCUGAAGAAAUGGCUGUCCUUAGGUCUUUGUCUGAAGCCUUGAUACGCAACCUUUUCCCUCCGCACCUGUGGGAGCCAAAUGUCUAUAGCUGUGCAUUGCGAGAGAUUCUGGCCACAAAAGUACUGGCACUUGUGACAUUGCUUUCUGACCCAGACAACUUGAAUCGCUUGGUGGUUUCUCAGCUGGAUCGAGUGCCCUCUCAGAGCCCAGGGGAAAGAGGGCAUGACUCGGACAGAGAAAACACUACUUCCUCUACAGGGGUAGAGAAUAUAGAAGUGCCAGAAGAAGAAGUGGAAGAGAGUCCAUCUGAAGACAUCAAAGCGAAAAAGAAAGUAGGCAACAAAGUAAUGGAAAAGGUCUCCAAGUUAUUUAAGCCAAAGAAGAAGAAAAUAAAGAAGCAAGAGAAGGAGCUGAUGAAGAGAGCUUUGCAUUCCCGCAGGGCUGCUGUAAUAGAAGCUGAUGGUGCAAGCAGCUGUGAUGACUCGGUCCACGAGAGCGAAGACAGUGAUGUGGAGAGUGACUUGAUUAGCCUCCCAGAGGACAUGUUGGAGUUUAAGCUGUCCUUUGAGAUGUGGCGGGUUGGGAACUGGCAGGUUACCGUUACUGAAGUUGAGACAGAAGAUGACGCGUUGUGUUUCACAAUUCGAUUGGAAGAGAAAAACAACCCUGAGAAUCUCCACUGGGUUGUGAAAAAGACCCAGUCAGAAAUAGUUGAAUUUUAUAAUCACUGCCGGGACAUGUCUCAUCUGCCCUCCAUAUCAGAAAUAGUGGAGUAUACAGAAACAAAGUUCGCUGAAGACUACCAAGAGGAAGCAAAAACAAUUUUUGAGCACUUCCUGCAAGUGCUUGUGGAAGAUGCAGAGUUGGGUCACACUAAACUUGUGUUCAGGUUCCUCUGCCCACUGAACAGGUUGCUGGGAGAAGAAGAUGGAGAUGGAGGGGUGUGGGGUCUUCUGGGUGGGAUUGCAUCCUUUCUCAACCUUAGCCAAGAAGAUGAUGAACCAAAUAAUCUUAAAGGGGAGGAGAAGCCACAUGACACCAGGGACAGAUGCAGUAUAUCAGAUGCCUCAUCUCAACAUGAUGAGCUGGCUCACGCCCAGCCAGAGUAUAAGCACAUAUUGCAAAGACAAUAUACAGAAAUGGAGGAAGAGUUGUUGGUCACAGGCUCUGGAUAUUCACCUUCAAGUGACCAGAUAGAUGACCUCAAAUAUGGAAAACAAGAUGCAGAAUGUUCUGAUUGUCUCUUUAAUGAGCCUGAUCAGAGGACUUUAAGUAAACGUGAAAGUGUUGGUGAGAAUCUGGCACAAUUUGCUGCCAGGACAAAAGUAAUUCCUAAAAUACAGCCAGCUGUCUGUAGUUCAUUUGACAGUGACGGCGAAAGCCUAGGCCAGUAUGAAAAUGACAGCCUCUCGGACUGCCAUUUGACUGAAAGCAUAAACAAGAAGGAACACCUCACUCACAAAAAGUCAACAGACAAGCCUAAAGGGAAAGAGAAAGUAUGUCCGACCAAAGAAGAGACGCGGAGUUUUCCACAAGUACAGAAAAAAACAAUCAACACACCCAACUGGGAACAACCUGAAGUCAAUAAAGUGAUAUUUAAUUUGCUGAAGGAAAUUUCUGGCAAUUCUCGCAUGCUUAAAAUCAUUAAGACGGCUCUGACUCCAUUUAUGCCUUUGAUAAAGAAGAAAGUGAAUACUUUUCUGAAGAAGCUGAACCCUUCGGAAGCUCAGGUUGCCAACUACAUUGACCAGCUUCGUGAGCUCAUUUGGCCAGAGAUGCCCGGCUCCCAGGACCCGCCUCGAAGCAGCGAGGAUAAGAACAAGACCAAGGAGAAAGCCAUGUACCUCAUUUCUUCCAAGUUUGCAGGCUAUAUUUUCAGCAAAACGGAUAUGGAGACCUUGUUUAAGAUCCUGCAGGACACAGAAGAAAAUAAGAAGCUGGUUUAUAUGUUGCUGUUAUAUGUCCUAAAGAGGUUUCUGCCUGCAGACCGGAUUUUAUAUGGAUUGUCCACGCUAAAUGGGAAGUACAACGUUUAACAUCAAUGGACAGUUUCAGAUGCUGGUUGUAGUUCAUGAUGUGACAGGACUUGCUGAAUGAAACCCUCAGUCAAAUCUCCAGUAUGAAUAAUUUUCAUUCUUACUUUGCCCACCUUUAAAGGUUUAAAGUGCGUUUCAAAACUUGUUACCUAGAUGUUAGAACUGUUAUUUCAUUUCUGCAUUGAUUUGCAAAACUAUAUUUUUGUACAUAUAUUUUAUAAACUAUGUUUUAUGUGUUGAAAAAGUGGUGACCAGUAUGCCCCCUGGAGAUCUAACUACCUGUACAAAUCAGUUCUCACCACACGUUUAUCACACCAUCCAGCGAAUAGUUUCUCCUGAAUACACAACAGGUUGGAUCUUUACCCAUCUUUAUCCGUUUAAGAGCACUGAUCUGAUGCCAGUAUCUUAUCCGUUUGUGUAUUUCUCUUUAGUCUUAAAUAAAAGAUCUAGAUCAGUUUUCUUUCUUUGAGAUGGUUGAUAAUCUACUAGCCCAGGUCUAGUAGAUAAGGGUUUGAACCUCUGCAGGAAGAAGUAGACUGAGUAGAGCUGUAACACUUCCUGUUUUACCACACACACAAAAAAAAACUUUAAAUGGAUAAUGUACUUAAUAUUUCUUUUAUUGAUAUUCCUACCAAAUUAGUUCCUACUGCAAUCCCACAGUAAACAAACAAAACUUUUCAGUAUUAUGUUAUAUAUGAAGUAGAUAUACACAAGGAUUAUGUUAUGAUCUAUUUUAUCCCAAAGCAUUGAGAUGGUAAUGGGCUAAAUAUAUACAAAAUCAUCACUUAAGUUACUUUCUGUUGUUUCUAAUGUUGCCAUAUAAUAUAUUUUUUUAUGAUUUUGUAUUUUUUUUACAUCAUUUGAAUACAGCUGUUGUCCUUUGUGUGAAACUGUUAUGAUGAAUAGAUCAGUAAAAAUGCUGAAUGAAACAUUUUUAUAUUAACUUACAUAAAAGUUGGUAAUUUAUUUUGCCUUCUCCUGUAAAGUUACUAUUUUGUAGAUAAACGUUUGGGGUUUGUCUCUUCAUAUUUUUCACCUAAUGAUGAUGGCGUUGUUCCUCCAAUUAAGAACACUGUGUUGUGUAAAGGAGCACAGUUGUUAAGGUUGUUCUCAAGACAGUUGUAACAAUGCCAUAGGAUAGCUGUAAUUUGCUCUGCUCUGUUAACCAGCCUACUGUAUAAUAAUUUUGUAGUCAUUUAUAAUGAUAAUUUUUCAGUUAAUAAGUUUCUAUAUCACCUUUUUCAGGGUAUAUCCUGCUUUCUGUCCAGUGACUGUAGGGAUAGGCUACAGCGGUUUAAAAAAAGUAGCUUAUUAUAUUAGCUUAUUUUACUGUAUGCUCAAUAAUAAAUAGUUAUUUAAUGUCAGUUUAGAAUAUAUGCAAUAAAAAUAAAAAACACAUUGUUUAUUCUUCUUAGGUGGAGCCUGUUCAACCAAGUUACUACCUCAGCAUUUGUAGAGAAUUAAAAUAAUAUUUGAAUCGGAGUAUCUGCUGCUGUGGUUUAGCAUCAAUGUCUUUGUAACACUGUCUUCAAAAUGGAGAUGUGAAUGAAGAUGAAAUGUUUCAUGCUCAAAGAGGGUGAGAUCAUGCUUACAGCAAAUAUGGCUAAUCAAAGAUAUUUAAUGUGUUACAACUGUCAAGCUGUUACAGCUGUACUCAGUCUACAUGAGAUCUGUAGCCUUAUUUUUGAAUGAAAACAGAUUUAUAUCCUGCUCAUUUACUACAUUUUCAUAUUCAAAUUGUAAAUCACCUGUCUGUUACACUCUAAAUGUAAUUUAAAGCUGGGUAUGUUCAUACAUGAAAAUCAUUAUGCAUUAUACUUGCUGCUCUGUUCUGACAUGAA